GGUUGCUGUGGUGUAUGUUGAGAGUGAGAUGAGGGACGAGGGCAUACAAGCAAAACCAUUCACACAACGAAAAUAGGCCAUGUUCUUGGUGCAUAAUGCAGUACAUUCAACAAAAAAAGUCUCACUUGCUAUACAGCAAAGCUUAUCCACUGCAAACAUGUCGGGUGGUCUGGAAAUUUCUUAUGCUAUUUCAGCAAUAUUAAUGGUUGGCGUACUGCAAUUUGCAGCUAAGCAUGACAAGUUUACAGCUAGUUCGUACAUGAUGCUGCGUUUUCCGCAAGGAGGCCCGCGCUUUUGGUGACACGCAUGAGGCUUUAUUUUCGCUUCUCAUGCAUGACAGAAUUGAGAGUGAGGGGAAACCAACAAGACAAACCUUUAUUCAUCUUCCAGACCACCCAGACGUAUUUGCGAUGCAUAACUACCCAGACGUUGCCCGCGUAGUUUUGGCGCUUCUUCUCCUUCUGCUAACCUUCGUAGCUUGGCCGGCGGGACUCGGGACACGGUACCGUGGGUCUGGAGAGUUGCAGCUGGUACUUCUGCAUCAGUAUACACUACAAACACGUCUGUGUCUGGAAGGACGCAAACCUGUGAUGUGGAAACUGAAACGGGCAAAAAUCAGUGCUGCAUGGGCUGCGGUUGCAAAGGGUGUGCGUUGUUGUCGUGCAGAAGAGGGGUCCAGGAGUCUCCGCAGAGUUUGUCAUGCCCCUUGUUUAAUACUCCAUGGUACAGACCUCCUUGCAGUGACAGAAACGGCAUGAAAGAUGGCUUCUUCCUUCAAGACCCAGACACAUUUUUGCAUUUGAUAAUCAGCGCAGCUGCGUAUCGUUCCGACGCUUUCAGCUCCAUGACAUGCGUAUCCGAUGCGAAUGUGUCUGGGUUCUUUGGUAAACUGGAACUUGUUAUGCUUGCCUUGUAUUUCUGCAAAAGCUGUAUUGCAUCAGCGGACUCCUUACCGGCCACCGACGCGACGCGCGCGCGCGGUUUUCUGUGGACGUGGAUAUCAAAUGCAAAAAUAUCUGGGCCUCGAAAGUUGGAACUUGUGAUGCUAACUUUGGACUCUAAAAAAAAUCUGUAUUGCAUGACCAGCAAGAGGAGCCACGUUUGUGCUACGCGAGGAGGGCAUUUGUCAUGCGGAAAUGGCAUCAGGAAAAUUGCUUACGCGGCAUGA